UGUCUCUAUCUCUCUUCUGGUUGUCCGAGUUCUUAGAGAUAAACUAAGAACCCUAAAAACGAAGAAAGAUUGAAGAAAAAUUAAAAAGAUGGUACACUCGAGAAAGUUUCGAGGUGUUCGCCAACGCCAAUGGGGUUCUUGGGUCUCUGAGAUUCGCCAUCCUCUACUGAAAAGAAGAGUGUGGCUCGGAACAUUCGAAACAGCAGAAGCGGCUGCGAGGGCUUACGACCAAGCAGCUCUUCUAAUGAACGGCCAAAACGCUAAGACUAAUUUUCCGGUCGUUAAAUCAGAGAAAGGCUCAGACAACGUUCACGACGCAAACUCACCGUUGAUGUCGCCAAAGUCGUUAUCUGAGCUCUUGAACGCUAAGCUAAGGAAGAGCUGCAAAGACGUAACGCCGUCGCUGACGUGUCUCCGUCUCGAUACAGACAGUUCGCACAUUGGAGUCUGGCAGAAACGGGCCGGGUCGAAAACGAGUCCCAACUGGGUCAUGCGUCUCGAACUCGGGAACGUAGUCAAUGAAAGUGCCCAUGAGUUGGGGAUGAAGAAACAAGACGUGGAGAAAGCAGAAGACGUAGAAGAAGAAGCUAAUGUUGAUGAGGAUCAGUUAGCUAUGGAAAUGAUCGAGGAGUUGCUGAACUGGAGUUGACUUUUACCUUACCGGAUGAAAGUCUAAAGAAGAAUAAUGGUGGUUUUUUUCACAAGCUUGAUUUUCGGAUUUUUUAUAUUCUUUCCACAGUUUAUAGUGUGAUUAAGAUGGAUCUAUCAAUCCAUUA